AUGAACACUGAUUGUCAUUUGUAUACGUUACCACAAACUGAAUCGGAUGAUAAUAAUGACACAAGUUCGGAUGAAUCUGAUCUCGAAGUAGUAUCGAUCGUUGAUGAAACAGACAAUAUUGACAUUUCGAUCAAGAAUCAUUUUAAUCUCGAUGAUAAUGAGGAAGAUAACAACGACGAAGAGGCAACUGAUGUUCAACAGUUGAAUUUAGUCUUGAACUCAAAUGAUACUGAACUCAAUGAAGAUCUAGAUGUUCUGAAUGCGCAUAUUGUAUCAACUGAUCAAUCGUCCUUGCUUGCUUCAUCAUCAGCUGUAUCUAACUCAGGGGAGGAGAGUCCAUCAUGCAAGAGUAAACGCCGACAAUGGUCAACUGCAGAGAAGCUACAUGCCGUUGAUAUGCUGGGAAAAGCUGGUGUAGUCAAAUCUUCCCGGCUUUUAGCUCAUGUAAUACUGGGCGGACCUGUGCGGAAGUACCCUUAUACUUUUGAAGCCGACACUUCAGAAAAUAUAAUGGGAUGUAAAUGA